AUGCAUCCAUGCCGAAAUAAUAAAUCCUACCCAAAAAUGUCCCCCACCAACCAGCACACCCAAUCCGUCCCCGUCAACGUAGAGCAGCAGUGCGGAGUUACUCUCCCAGACGGUGGUCAGUGUACUCGAUCGUUGACCUCAACCACACCACCAAUCCCCACUAACCCUCCCCCCGAAAACGAAUUCAAACCAAACCAACACCAAAUCCACUUCACCGACCCAACCAUAAAACAAUACCUCCAAUAUCCGGAAAUCCUCCAAAGCAAUGCACAAAACCACCUCGCAAUAACAGAAGCAACAUCCCACACAACUAUCGCAAAGGACAGUCUCACUUACCUCCUCCAAUUCACAGAACCCUACACCACAACUCCCAGCAAAAUCAAAACCUCGUACCUACUAAGCUACGCAACAAACUACUGGGCCGUGCAUGCCCGUCUAGCCCACCCAGAAACAGACCCCGAGCUAACAGCCCUAAUCCUCCGAUUCCUGGGCUCAGAAACAGCUUACCUCAACUGGACGGCUUUUCUGGAUGGUUACACACCUUUCUCUGGAACAGAUGGGUCUAGUUUAAUCCGUCAUCCGCAUCAGAUCUACUACGCUACAUCGUUUGGUCUAACGAAUAUCGUCACGGCGCUUCUUGAUACUGGUGCUCCGGUGAAUAGUAGGGGACCGAGUGGGAGUGCGCUAGCUGCUGCUGCUUUAGCGGGACACCUUGAUACUGUCAAGGUGCUUGUUGAUUCCGGGGCAGAUGUGAACCUGGCGGGGCCGUUUGGGACGCCGCUUGUUUUGGCUUCUGGGAGGGGUUUUGUGGAUAUUGUGCGAUUUUUGGUGGAGAGGGGGGCGGAUGUUGAGGCGAGAGGAGAGUGGAGCGAGACAGCCCUUGUGGAGGCGAGGAAGAAUGGGUUUGAGGAUGUUGUUGGGGUUCUUUUGGGGAGGUAG